AUGGAGGAGGAGCUGAAGUGCCCAGUGUGCGGCUCCCUGUUUCGGGAGCCCAUCAUCUUGCCGUGUUCCCACAAUGUCUGCCUGCCUUGUGCCCGUACCAUCGCGGUGCAGACCCCGGACGGUGAGCAACACCUGCCCCCGCCGCUUCUGCAUUCUCGGGGCUCGGUGCUGUCCGCAAGCGCCGCCGCCGCGCCCCCUCUAGACCAGGAGGCGGCUGCUGGCCCGGCGUGCAGCGGCGCGGGCGGAAGCGCAGCUGGCGGCCUGGGCGGCGGUGCGGGAGGCGGCAGCGACCACGCGGACAAGCUGAGCUUGUACAGUGAGACAGACAGCGGUUAUGGCUCUUACACCCCGAGCCUCAAGUCCCCAAACGGGGUUCGCGUGCUGCCCAUGGUGCCGGCGCCUCCCGGCUCCUCCGCCGCCGCUGCUCGGGGCGCCGCCUGCUCCUCGCUGUCCUCGUCCUCAAGCUCCAUCACGUGUCCGCAGUGCCACCGCAGCGCCUCCCUGGACCACCGCGGCCUGCGCGGCUUCCAGCGCAACCGACUGCUGGAGGCUAUCGUGCAGCGGUAUCAGCAGGGCCGCGGGGCGGCGCCGGGGGCGUCCGCAGCGGCGGCGGUGGCCAUCUGCCAGUUGUGCGACCGCACCCCGCCGGAGCCGGCCGCUACGCUCUGCGAGCAGUGUGACGUGCUCUACUGCGCUGCCUGCCAGCUCAAGUGCCAUCCGUCCCGGGGACCCUUCGCUAAGCAUCGCCUGGUGCAGCCGCCGCCGCCGCCCGCGCCCUCCGAGGUCGCCUCGGGGUCUCCGGGCGCUGUCCAGGGCGCCUCCAGCGGAAGUGGCGGCUGCAAGAGCCCUGGAGCCGCCGCAGCCGGAGCGGCGGGGGGCAGCACCUCCCGCAAGUACCCUACGUGCCCCGAACACGAAAUGGAGAACUACAGCAUGUACUGCUUAAGCUGCCGAACCCCGGUGUGCUAUCUGUGCCUGGAGGAAGGCCGGCACAGCAAGCACGAGGUGAAGCCGCUGGGGGCCAUGUGGAAACAGCACAAGGCCCAGCUGUCUCAGGCCUUAAAUGGAGUUUCCGAUAAGGCAAAAGAAGCCAAGGAGUUUCUGGUUCAGCUGAAGAACAUUCUGCAGCAGAUCCAGGAGAAUGGCCUGGACUACGAGGCCUGCCUGGUGGCUCAGUGCGAUGCGCUGGUCGAUGCUCUGACCCGGCAGAAAGCCAAGCUGCUCACCAAGGUCACCAAAGAGAGGGAGCACAAGCUGAAGAUGGUUUGGGACCAGAUCAAUCACUGCACGCUGAAGCUGCGCCAGUCCACGGGGCUGAUGGAGUACUGCCUGGAGGUGAUCAAGGAGAACGACCCCGCCGGGUUCCUGCAGAUCUCGGACGCCCUGAUCAAGCGUGUCCAGGUGUCUCAAGAGCAGUGGGUCAAAGGAGCCCUGGAGCCCAAAGUGUCCGCGGAGUUUGAGCUGACCUUGGACAGCGAGCCGCUGCUGCAGGCCAUCCACCAGCUGGACUUCAUUCAGAUGAAAUGUAGGGUGCCGCCCGUGCCCCUGUUGCAGCUGGAGAAGUGCUGCACCCGGAACAACAGCGUCACGCUGGCCUGGAGGACGCCGCCCUUCACCCACAGCCCGGUGGACGGCUAUAUCCUGGAGCUGGACGACGGCGACGGGGGGCAGUUCCGGGAGGUGUAUGUUGGCAAGGAGACCCUGUGCACCAUCGACGGACUUCACUUCAACAGCACAUACAAUGCCAGGGUCAAGGCUUUCAACUCCUCCGGUGUCGGGCCCUACAGUAAGACUGUGGUCCUGCAGACGUCCGACGUGGCCUGGUUCACAUUUGACCCCAACUCUGGGCACCGGGACAUCAUUUUGUCCAACGACAACCAGACAGCCACGUGCAGCAGCUAUGACGACCGGGUGGUGCUGGGCACGGCGGCCUUCUCCAAGGGCGCGCACUACUGGGAGCUCCACGUGGAUCGAUACGACAACCACCCGGACCCCGCCUUCGGGGUGGCCAGGGCCAGCGUGGCCAAGGACAUGAUGCUGGGCAAGGACGACAAGGCGUGGGCCAUGUACGUGGACAACAACCGCAGCUGGUUCAUGCACUGCAACUCUCACACCAACAGGACGGAAGGUGGUGUGUGCAAGGGGGCCACCGUGGGCGUGCUGCUGGACCUGAAUAAGCACACUCUGACCUUCUUCAUCAAUGGGCAGCAGCAGGGCCCCACAGCCUUCAGCCAUGUGGACGGGGUCUUCAUGCCAGCCCUCAGCCUCAACCGCAACGUUCAGGUCACCCUGCACACGGGACUGGAAGUGCCAACGAACCUGGGGCGGCCAAAGCUGUCAGGCAACUAG